AUGGCUGAGCCCACACCCUCGAUCCCAGAUCUCCCAAUGCUGGCUAUCACUCUGCACCCAAACAAGCCAGAGGAACUCAUGCCGCUGAUGUAUCAUAUCGUACUUCUGAUUCCAGACUGGGAAAAAAGAUCGGGCACGAUCGAGAUCCUGUACAAAGUAACCCGAGUCGAUAAACACUGUACGGAGCUACUCGUCCGCAUCUAUGGAAACAGCCAGAGCGUCUUGGUCGACCGAGAGAGGGAAAUCGAGUGCCAUCAGAUUCUUCAUCAGAGAAGACUGGUUCCUCCCAUUUUUGCGCGCUUCCAGAACGGCUACAUCUAUGGAUUCUCGGCUGGCGUGACGUGCAGAGUUACUGACCUUCACAUGGCGCCUAUCUACAGAGCCGUCGCGCGCUGUAUGGCGGAGUGGCAUGCACGCGUGCCGGUGGGAGGAUCUGGCUUGGAGAAACCUACUCCAAACCUCUGGUCUAUCCUGAAUAAGUGGAUCAUGGCAUUACCAGCAGCGUUAGAGGAAGACAAGGAGAGACAACUUUCCUUUCUGGCGGAAUCGGAGUUUCUCAAGGCCAAGUUCGCAGACACGAAGCUCGUCUUCUCGCACUGCGAUCUGCAUGCUGGGAACGUUCUCAAGCGCGAGCCAGUCCUCCCUGGUACAGAUGCAGCCAUCGGUUUCAUCGACUUCGAGUAUGCCAUGCCGGCACCCGCCGCUUUCGAUAUCGCUUGCCACUUCUCGGAAUGGGGUGGCUAUGAUCUCGACUAUAACUUUCUUCCAAACCAAUCCAUGCGGAGAGCAUUCAUUUCUGAAUACGCACUGGCCUAUAAUAAGUACCGUGAUCCCGAAAGUAGCGACACUAUUGAUGUCACGUCGCUUUGCCAAGAAGUAGAUUCCUUCAGAGGUCUUCCCGGACUGUUCUGGGGCAUCGCUGCGCUCAUACAGGCUGCGGAAGCGAACAAUAAUAUGAACUUUAAAACCUAUGGAGACGACCGAAUCACAGAGUACUGGGAUUGGCGUGCGGAGGAGGAUGGUUCAAGAGCCAAAUCUGGGGAAGAAAUGCCUCUUCGUGAACUUAAAUGGAAAAAAGUAGCCCGCUUUCACGACGCCCUUGAAUCUUGA